AUGAUAAACUUGCACAGGGCAUCAACGAGGUUUGGUGCCAGUACAUCAUGGGUGCGGCCUCCACGAGCGCGGUAUCAGCAUAUCCAUAAUCGCAAGUCUACCAACUCGUCCACGUCCAAACAGUCGAAGCCUCUCAACGAGGGCCAACUGCCUCCACACAAUCCAAAUGAAGUGACCGUCGAGAGCACGAAGGCGGACCCAGUUGACAUCCCUAUUCAAUUAUGGUACCACCGACUCGGUCCAGUGUCGACAUUCUUCAAUUGGUUUCACCGCAGCCAGAUGAAAAGACCGUAUACGGUGCAGGUCUGUACUACGUUGAUCACAUACCUGUGCGGUGAUAUGGCAGCUCAAGAGAUUGGGGGUGAAGCAUACGAUGGAAAUAGGACGCUGCGCAUGCUUACGAUCGGAGCGAUUGCCAGUAUCCCUGGAUAUAAAUGGUUUCUGUUCCUUGGGCGCAAUUUCAACUUUCAGUCAAAGAUCGUAUCUAUUGCCACCAAGGUUGCUGUGAACCAGGCAGUUUUCACCCCUAUCUUCAACACCUACUUCUUCGGAAUGCAGGCUUUCCUGACAGGUGAGACCAUACACGGCGUCAUCACAAGAGUGCAAGCAACGGUGCCGACGAGUAUCGUCAAUUCCUUGAAGCUCUGGCCGGCGGUCACCGCAUUCAGUUUCUACUUCAUUGCGCCGAAUUACAGAUUCAUGUUCAGCGGAAUAUUUGCCAUCGCGUGGCAGACAUAUCUCAGCUUUUUGAACAGAAAGGAAGAAAAAAUCGAGCUGGCGACAGAUACGCUGGCCAGGCCUGUGGUGCCCGAGAGUCUUGAAGCGAGCUGA